AGAAGCCCCCUUUUCCGGGAUCCGGUUCCGGGCGGCACCCGGUUCCUACCGCACGCACGUGUCGCUUUUAAAUUCUUUCGCUCACGCUACGACUGAAAUAAAAUAAAACAUUUCCCUUUCUCAAGCACAGAAUCGCGUUACAAGUCACACACGCGUUCAGUCCUUCUCGCCGCCAUGCAGCACGACGACGUGAUCUGGGACAUUGUCGGAAACAAGCAGUUCUGCUCCUUCAAAGUCAAGACCAAGACGCAGAACUUUUGCCGUAAUGAAUACAACACGACGGGCUUGUGCAACAGAUCAUCGUGUCCCCUGGCCAACAGCCAGUACGCAACGGUGCGGGAGGAGAAAGGUAUUUGCUACCUGUACAUGAAGGUCAUCGAAAGAGCUGCCUUCCCUGCCCGCAUGUGGGAAAAGGUCAAGCUCAGCAAGUGCUACGAGCGGGCGCUUGAGCAGAUCGACGAAGCGCUGCUCUACUGGCCUCGCUUCCUGAGGCACAAGUGCAAACAGCGCCUCACCAAGAUCACGCAGUACCUCAUCCGCAUCCGCAAGCUCACGCUCAAGCGCACGAGGAAGCUGGUCCCCUUGAGUCAGAAGGUGGAGCGCAGGGAGAAAAGGAGAGAGGAAAAGGCCCUGGUCGCCGCUCAGCUGGAGAAUGCCAUCGAGAAGGAGCUGCUGGAGAGGUUGAAGCAAGGAACGUAUGGGGACAUCUACAACUUCCCCGCGCACGCGUUUGACAAGGCGCUGGAGCAGCAGGAUGCCGACAGCGCCGAGGAGAGUGAGGAGGAGGAGGAAAACGAAGAGGAAGGUGAAAGGGAAGUGGAAUACGUUGUUGGGGAAAACUUUGAGGAGAGCGACUUGAGUGACUUUGAGGAGAUGGAUCGACUGGAUGAGGUGGAAAAGGAGGGUGAGGAGGUGGCGACAACGUCACUAGCACAGAGCGAGGGGAUUAUGCGUCUCAAGCGACCGCACGUCGACAUCGAGUACGAGAUGGAGAUGGAGACGCAGGGCCCCCGACAAACGUCCUCGUCGCGCUGAGAUUUGUCCUGACACAUCGAUACGGUGGUGGUGGGGGGGGGGGGCAGAGAUAUAUAGAGACAUGGCGGGGGGGGGCGCAAAGAGACACGGAAACACGGGGAGAACUCGGAGACAUGGAGACAAGGGCAGAACAGAGAAACGCAGUUGGUUAUGUACGGUGCGAAGGAAGUUCAAUAUAUAUGGAGACACGAGGGGGGGGGGGUAGGCAGACGGGGACAUAACGGGGGAACGCGGAGCAAUGUUUAAAGACAGGACACAGGAUCAGAAAGACACCGAGAGAAAGGUGGACCGACACACAAAGAUAUUGGGGGUGGGGGGGGGGGUAGACACACCCUUUGACACCCUUUUUUGUAUUGUUGUAACUUUCUGACCUGCCUCUAUUGGACAUAUUUGAAAAAAAGCUUCAAGACUCAUAGGAUUCCUCCAGGAAAAAAAUAAAGUUUCUGAUUGUGAGUCCCGAGACAUGGGGCAGACUGACACAGGGAGCUGGAGUCAAGUAGACAGAGACACAGGGACAGAUACGCCUGUUCACGAAUCCCCUUAGACACCAAGACCGAGGUGUACACAGAUGUUAUUAUCUCUGGGUCAUUUCAAUAUCACCAGAAGUCAAACUCAAUUCAUCUCAGAUGUGGCCUUUUCAGGUUUACCUAACUUCUCAAGAUGCAAAUUUGAGACUGAUGUUCAUUGCAUGUACUGGUCGAUUUUGGUAAACCUUGGAAAGCUGUGAGCGCAAUGAAUGGUGUUUGACGAUGCUUGCUGUCAAGUCUGGAUUGUGGUGUUUCAGAACAUUUUUGGAACGCUCGCUCCUAAUAAAAAAUGUUUAUCUCGUG